UUCAAAUAAAUUAAUCCAAUUUAAUAAUUCUAUUCUCAUAAAAAUGAUGCCAGUAUUUGAUAAGUUUCACCUGUGGUAAAGUUACGACAUUUACAUUUGUUUACAAAUAAAGGUUAUCUUCUGUCCUAUCGUCGUUUAGUUCGGUUCUUUUACAAAUGAUAAAUAAUGUAAAAAGGGUUAUGAAUAUUACAAAGUAUAUGAAUUAGUGUCAGAAGUGUCACAAAAAUGGAUAAAGUGGAAUUAGAUUUUGAAAAAAUUUGUAGGAUAUGUUUAAAUGAAGGAAUAAUGAUGUCGAUAUUUAAAGUAAACGUAUUCAAAAAGAUGAUGGCUUGUGCUUCUGUUCAGGUUUGGCAAAAUGAUGGUCUGCCAACGCAAAUUUGUAAUAAAUGCUUGGCAAAAUUACAUAUAUCAUUUCAAUUCAAGAAACUAUGUGAAAAGUCAGAUUCUAAGUUGAGACAAUAUUUAGUCAACAUGCCUCGACAAGAAAAUAUAGUUGAAAUAGAACCUCACAAUAAUCAACCUCAAGUAGACAAAACAUCUCAAAUAGAACCACAGCCAGAAAUACAAUCUCAAAGUUGUGUUUUCAUUGAAUGUGAACCUGUUUUGGUACAAGAAGAAACCUAUACAAUAAAUAAUCAGACACAACCACCACUUACACAAAUCAAUUAUAAUAUACCUGGACAAAAUCAUAUGCAACUAAAUUAUAACAUACCUAAUCAAGUACAAGUUUACAGUACACACUAUGGUGUCCCAGUAAAUCAAGAUGGAAUUUUACACAACCUGUUAACAAAUCCUGCCCCUAUUCAACAACAACAACAACAGAUUACACAACUUCAGCCUAUUGUGCAGCAAACACAACAAUUGCAAGAUUAUAGUAAUGAUGAUAAAGACAAAGUGAAAAGUGAAAUAAAAAAUAAAUCCAAACAUGUAGAACUUGAAAAACAAUGUCCCACAUGUAGUAAAGUAUUUUCUACAGGUACAAAAUUAUCUAGGCAUAUGAAAACUCACUCAACAGAUUUGCCAUAUAAAUGUAAAGUGUGUUGUAAAGCCUUCUCUCACAGUGGAAAUUAUAAAAUUCAUCUUAGAAUGCACACUGAUGAAAGGCCUUUUCGUUGCACUGUGUGUAAUAAAGGGUGUCGACAGGCACAGGAUUUGGAAAAACACAUGAGAACACACACAGGAGAACGACCACACAAGUGUAACUUAUGUCCCAGAGCUUUUUCGACUGGAUCCAAUUUAAUAGCACACAUACGAACGCAUACGGGAGAAAAACCGUAUGUAUGUUGUGUGUGCCAAAAAGCGUUUUGCCAAUCUAAUGAACUAACGAAACAUAUGAGGACUCAUACUGGAGAAAAAAGUCAUAUUUGCAAUAUUUGUCAUAAAGGUUUUAACGGAUCAAGUACACUGAUCGUCCAUAAAAGAUCGCACACAGGAGAACGUCCGUAUGUAUGUCAUAUAUGCAAUAGAGCAUUUGCACAAUCCAGUUGUUUAACGAUUCAUUUGAAGAGGCACAGUGGUGAAAAGAAAUUUACAUGCACUCAUUGUGAUCGAGCAUUUGUUACUAAUGUUGAAUUGAAAGAGCAUAUUUUAACUCAUUCCAAAGAUAAAGUGUUUAGUUGUAGACUGUGUAAGAAAAAUUUUGGUUUAUUGGUUGAAUUUAAUAAACAUGUUGAUGCUCAUACGAAUGGUGAGCAAUUUAGUUAACAGUUAAUAUGUUAGUCAAAUUUGAUCUCAUUUAAAUUGGAAUAUAGUUUAACGUGCGUGCCAAUACAUAUCUAAAAAUAUUAAUUUGGUGUAAAAUAGUAAGGGCAAAUGGCAAUUUGACUACUUAAACUAUAAUUUCUCUAUAAUUUGUAUUUGAUAUAAUCCAGUAUUUGUAUAAUAUAGUAACAAAUGUAUCAGGUACUAACAAGACAGCAUUUCUUGAUAUAAAAUUAAUAUAUAUUACCA